AUGUUCAAAAACACAUUCCAAAGUGGGUUUCUUUCGAUAUUGUAUAGUAUCGGUAGCAAACCUCUCCAAAUAUGGGAUAAAAAGGUGAGAAAUGGUCACAUCAAGCGAAUUACUGAUAAUGACAUUCAUUCACUCGUGUUGGAGGUCGAAGGGACGAACGUCAGUACUACCUAUAUAACUUGCCCUGCUGACCCAAAGAAGACGCUGGGCAUCAAGUUGCCUUUUCUUGUUAUGAUAAUAAAAAAUUUAAAGAAGUAUUUCACCUUUGAAGUCCAGGUGUUGGAUGAUAAAAAUGUUCGACGGCGGUUUCGGGCAAGUAACUACCAGAGCACAACGCGUGUAAAACCCUUCAUCUGCACAAUGCCUAUGAGACUUGAUGAUGGCUGGAAUCAGAUACAGUUCAAUCUGUCAGAUUUCACUAGGAGAGCCUAUGGAACCAAUUAUAUUGAGACGUUGCGUGUUCAGAUUCAUGCCAACUGCCGUAUUAGAAGAGUGUAUUUCUCAGACAGGCUUUACUCUGAGGAUGAGCUCCCAGCAGAGUUUAAACUCUACGUCCCAGUCCAGAGCCAGAAGGCCAAGCAGUAG